AUGCCACGAUCAACAAAAGAGUCAUCAGAUGAUGAAAAUGAUGCAAAAGCUGGUCGGCGAACAAAAACAAUUGGUAGUGUUUUGAAUGCCGUUACUGAUUCACCACUACGCCGAAGUACAAGAAAUAAACCAACAAUUUCUCCCUCUGAAACAGCUGGUGAUGCCAGCGAUGGCUCUUCAAUUAUUUCGGCAGUUAGUUCAGUACAAUCUGGAAGAAACACCCGAAGAAAAACGAUAACAACAAUACCUGAGUCAACAACUACCUCUGAAUCAUUACCAACUCGUUCAUUACGAUCGAGAAAAACUUCAACAACUUCAACGACUUCUUUGGAUAGCCUUUCUGUUGAUCCUAUUGUCGUUAUUGCAGACUGUGAAUCACAAAAAGACAAUGCCAAAUCCCGUAUUGCUCGAAAAAGUACAUCAACAGCAGUUUCUAAUGUUGAUACACCACCCACUACUCGCUUAAGGCGUCAAAUUAGAGCUGGAUCAGAGUCGAAAACUAUGUCACCUGGUAACGCUGUUAGAACAACUCGGAGAACUAGAGCUAGCUCUGUCGAUUUGGAUGAGCAACGUGAUGAGGUAAAACCAAUUAUUAAUUGUAAUGUUAAUAAUAGUAAUCAGCACAGUACUCCUGUUAAAACACGAAAACGAGCUUCUGUUCUUCCAUCAGAACCCUCAGUUGUUGAAGAAGUAGAAAAUAUAUCACAAAACAGUCAUUUAAAAUCAUCAUCUUCUACAUCAAUAGUAGAAACAGAUGAUAAUAAUGAUAAUAAUGAUACUCAACAUUUAGUACCGGUUAACAUAAAUAAUGAUAGCAUAAGUCAACAACAGGAGCAGCUGAAAAUAAAAUUGGAUACAUUACAACAAAAUAUUAAUAAUUAUGAAGUUAUUGAAAACAAUGAAAACGAUGAUGAUGAUGAUGAUGAUGAUGAUGAUAAUAAUAAUAAUAAUAAUAAUAAUAAUAAUAAUAAUAAUAAUAAUGAAGAUGAUGAUGAUAAUAAUAAUAAUAAUAAUAACAAUAAUGAUGAUGAGGAUGUUGAUGUAAAUGUUGAUGAUGACAGUCAUCAAGGAAUUCCUAAUCAAACAAAAUCAUCAUUAUCACCCGUAUUACAACAUUAUUCGAGUACAGAUGAAAGUAAAACAUUGGAUAAAGAAAUGUCAAUAAUUAAUGAUUCAGAAAAAAUAUCAUCAUCUGUUACAACAGAAAUUAAAUCACCCAUUAAGGAUGAUGGUAAUAGUUCAAAUUUUAAUCCAUUGUCCCCAAAAAUAUCAACUGUAAUUAAUCCAAAUGUUUCAUUAAAAUCACCAAUUAAUGAAACUCAAAAUAACAAUUUGGAUGAUGAUAUCAAUGAAUCAUUGGAAAAAAGUCCAUCGGGAAAUAAAGAAAAUGUAAAACCAUUGUCUUCCAAUAAUAGUUGUAAUAAUUUUGAAUCUAUAACAUCAGUAUCAUCAGAUAUUAAAACAAAUAAUAAUGAAUCAAUUGAUAGUAUAGUACUUACAACGUCAUCUAAUACCACAACUAUUGUUUCAACAUCAGAUGUGGUUGUCAACAGCAAUUUUUAUAUCGAUACUACUCAACAAUCAAAUCAUUUAAAUUCUUCUCUAUCAAAAUCAAACAGUCAGCAAAAAAAAUGUAUUUUAGAGUCAACGGAUAAACAAGAUUGUAAUAUUAUUAAUAUAUUGUCAAAAUCAAGUACAGAAGAUGUAAUUUUAGUAAAAAAUUCACAAAUUGAAAAAACUGAAGCACCACCAGCUGUAUCAACACCAACGGAAAGACCCAUAGAUAUUACAGAUGAAUUAGCCAAUAAAGAUAAUACUGAUAUAUCUUUAUCGGUUUCAUCACCUUCAUCACCUUCAUCACCUUCAUCACCUUCAUCACCUUCAUCACCUUCAUCACUAUAUAUUAAAAAUGAUAAGGAGCAAAAUAAUGAUCAGAUUGAUUCUAAUAAAUCAAUUCCAUCAUCACCGACAGUUGUCUUAGAAUCUGAUAAAAAAAUUAAAAUUGAUGAGGAAUGUAAUGUAGAAAAUGAUAAUGAAAAUGAAGAUAUAGAAAGUUUAUUCUAUGAUAUUCCUGCUGAUGAAUGGAGUGAUGAUAUUGAAGUGGCCAAAUCUCCAGUAGAAGUUGAAAUUAAAAAAGUAUUACCUGUUAUACCUGAAAUACCUAAAAUAACUAUAUCCAAAACUGAAACGAAUAAUCAACAAUCCAAUAUAGUAAAUGAUAACAAUGAUAAUGAUAAAACCGCUAACCUUGAUGUUGAUCUUAAAAAUAAUAGUGAUAAUAAUCAGGAAAAUAAAAGACAAUCACAAGAUAUAGAUAUAGAUUGUAACACUGAUUCAAAUGAAACAAUUAUCUUAACGCAAAAUGAUAAUCAGACAUUGAAAUUAUAUACUGAAAACCAAAAUAAAUUUACAAAAAUUCAAGAAUCAAUGGAUAUUAAUAACGAUGAAGAUAAUGAUACAGAAAUAGAAUCAGAUCUUGGAGAAAAUACUAAAAAUGUACUUUUAUUGGGAUCAAAUGAAACGAAACAGCAAAAACAACAACAUAUUAAUGAUAAUGAUAAUAAAUCUGAUAAUGUUUCAUUAUCUUCGCCGUUGUUAAAUGAAAAUAAAAAUAAUAGCAUCAAUUUAUCAAAAAAAAAUUGUUCACCGGACCGUAAAAAAAGUAAUAAUUCUGAUAUAACUGGAGAAUUAUCAUUGUCGUCAUCGUCAUCGCCAUCGUCAUCAAUAUUACUUGCUAAAAAUAAAAAAAAUAUUAACAUUGAAAGUAAACACUUAUUAAGAAAAUCAUUAGAUUCAGCAAAAUUAAUCAUGGAUAAUGAAAAAGCUAAGACAUCAAAUAACACUAAAAAACAAUUAAAUGCCACUAUCAAUUCAAGAUUAAACUUAUCAACCAACAGCACUGAACAGCAUAAUAGCAGCAAUAUUGAAAAUAAUUUAUCAAUUAGUGAAUUAGAAAUUAAAGAUAAUGAAGAUGAAUCAUCAAUACCAUUGAUAUUGAAUGAAUCUAAUAAACAAAAUUCUCCAUCAAUUUCGUUAAAUAGUAAACAACAAGAAGGACCACUUGACCAAAAUGAUUCAUUUUGUUCUGAUAACAAAUUUAAUAAAAAUUAUGAUAAAAUUAAUUCUGAUUCAGAUAAUAAUAAUGAUGAUGAUGAUGAUGAUGAUGAUGAUGAUGAUAAAAAUGAUGAUGAAGACGAAGACGAUGAUGAUAAUAAUGAAGAUGAAGAUGAUGAUGAUGAUGAUAAUAAAAUCAAUAAUUACGGUGAUAAAAACAAUAGUAAAACUAAAAUUACUGCUCCAUCGGUUCUAUUAAAUGAUGAAUCAAGCUCUAAUGACUAUGAUAGCUCUCCAAGUGAAAACGAUAAUUCGGACAUGGAUUCCGAUGUUGCACGUGAAUAUAAUUUUAAUGGAGAUAGCGAGUGUGAAUAUUCGGAUGAUAAUGUCGUUGGAGAUGAAUGUCGAGAUUCUGAAACGGAACACUCCGAUGAAGAUGAUGACGGUCAAGAUUUAGCAGAUUUUAUCGAUGAUGAUGAAGACGACGACGACGACGACGACGACGAAGACGAUGAUGAUGAUGAUGAUGAUGAUGAUGAUGAUGAUGAUGGAGAAGAUACAAAAUCCUCGUUAUCCGAUGAUAUUGAUACUCCCAUCAUUGAAGACAUAGAAGAAAAUGAAGAUGAUGAAAAUCUAUAUGAAAAAGAAGAAGAAGAAGAAGAAGAAAAAGAAACAGAUGUCGAUGAAGACGAUGAUGAAGAAGAAAAUUACAAAGAUGGUUUGAAUAAAGUACAAAAACUUUUGAAAUUUGAUUCUAAUAGUACUUGUAAUGAUAAUUAUAAUCAUAAAGAAGAUGAUAAUUUAUUAAUAACUCAUAAUUUAUCUUCAAAAGUACUUGAUAAAUCUUCUCGUAAAAGUAUAAAUAAAUUAUCACCUACAAAAGCCAAAUCUUGCAACAGUACACCAAUAAAUAUAAAAUUAGAUUCAAAAGUAUCUAAAUCUGCUGAUACAAAAUUAGAAAAACGAAAAUAUAAAAAAAUGAUGGAAGAUGAAUUAAAUGAUUCAAAAAUUAAUUCAGUUGAACGUGUAAAAAAAUUAAAAUCUUCUGUUUCAUCAUCACAAUCACUACAUCUUAAUAAAAGUAUGGAAUUAUUAAAUGUUGUAGAUAAUGAUGCAGUAGUUUUAAUGAAAGAAAAAUUAAAUGAAACACUUCCAUCUAUUAAAUUAGUACAACCCAAUGAUAAUGAUCAAUCAUUGUCUAAAAAAACUCGAUCCAAAAAUUAUGAAAAUAAUAAAGAAAAUGAUUUAUCAAAAAAUAAAAAGAAUAAAAAUUUAAACAUGGAAUUAACAACAACAACAACAACAACAACAACAACAACAAAUACAAAUAAAUUUCAAGAAAAAGGAGCUAAAAAGAAUAAAAUGAAUAAAGCAUCUUUAUUAGAAGCAGAUAAUGUUAAGGGAGUUAAAUUGAAAUUAAAUAAAAGUGAAAAAAAUAAAACAACAGAAAGUAAUUUGAAUUUGGAUAACAAUCAGGUUGAUAAUUAUCAUGAGUUAACCGAUAUUGAAUCUAAGAAAAUUAGUAAGAAAAAAAAUAAAGAAAAGAAAGAUAAUUUAUUAAAAGUAAAAUCAAAUUCUAAAGAUACUUUGUCUGUAACCAAUUGUUUAAAACGCCUUUCGGAUGAAGUUAUUGAUAAAUUGUCUGAAAGUCAGCCGAAAAAGAAAAGAAAAUUAUCCGCUGUUGCUACCGAAAAAAUUUUACCAACAAGAAAAAUGUUUGACGCUAAACAUCCAAAACCAGACAACAUGAUUAUUGAAACUGAGAAUGAAUUUAUACCAUUAAGUUCAAAUGGUGGUACUACAUCAUUUGCGGUUGUUAAUAUUAAUAAGACUUCAAAACAUCAAACAAAAAAAUCAGCAGCCGCGUUUUCAUUUCGCCAACGGAUCUUGGGAAGAAAUUCCCGCCAUCCUAUUUCUGCGUAUCUAAUGUAUCAACAAAAACUCAAGGCUUCAUCAAGAGAUAAAUAUUAA